AUUGUGGCACCUUGCUGAGCGCGUCGUCGGUUUCCCUUGGUUGACUCCUUGCAGCAGAAAAUUCUCCCUUAUUGCAAUUGAGACCUGCGAUGGACGCCUCGGUGGCGCAUGGGCCUUUCAUCCGCGGUCUGGUGUUCAGCGGCGCGCUUCUGCAUGGCUGCGAGGCGCUCCGCAACCAGCUGCAGCUGCUGCUGUGGGGCGGGCUGCGAGUCGCGGAGCUCCGGAGCCCUGACCAGACCUCGGAGCCGGGAGCUGUGCCCUCUGGCGUUGACAUCCUGCAGCUAAGUGACAGCAACACCUGGGAGCCGGUACUGAAGGCGUGGGCGGAGGGACAUGGUCUGCAGUUGCCGGGCGAGGUGGUGGUGCUGGCGUCGGGCGCCGGAGAUGCGGAGGUGCUGCCGGGCUUUACGGCCAACGCCGGGCAGGACGCGCCAUGGCCGCGCCUCCGCCUGGCCCUGGCACACGCCAACCUACUUCGCGCUGCAACGCUGGGCUCUGCCGGCGCCAGCGGCACCAGCGGCCGGAAACGAGCUCGGGAGGAGGUGGAGGAAGAUGUGGGUCCAGCGGCGGUCGCGGACUCGGCUGCGUCUGCGGGGUCCAGUGGCACUGCACGUGGAAGCGAGCUGGUGGUGGUGGGCUAUGCCAUGAAGGCCUCACGCGAGGCUGACCUGGCCAAGGAGGGACUGCUCAAUCUGGUACCGCAGGACGGCGUGGUGUUUGCCCCUCUGGACCUGUCGCAGCCACUCGAGUCGCAGCUACCUUUCCACUGCAUUCUGCACAAGGCCUCAGACGAGCUGGAGUACGGCCCGCCAUCGCCACCGGCAGCCGCGGCUGCAGCUGGCGAGUCGGCUGUGCCUACAGCGGGCCGCGGCGUCGGCGGCGAGGGCGCUGCGUCGGCGUCCAGCACAGGUGAUGACGGUGGCGCGAGUGGCGGCGGCGCGGGACUACUGGUGCCGCGCUUCGGGCCUCGUGUGCGGGCGAUGGCUGAGUUUGUGUCGCAGCAGGGCGGUCGCGUGAGCCUGUUGGACCCACUCCAGUCCACUGCCAAGGUCAUCAACCGAACGGAGCUCGGUCGCGUCUGCGACAGCCUCUCACAAGUGGCGCUUCAGGGCGCGGUGGGCGGUGCGGGUGUGGUGGUGCGGGCGCCAAGGAACGUGACGAUUGCGUCCUACGAGCCGCAGCAGCUGGAGGCAGCACUGAAGCAGCUAGGCUGCUCCGCUCCGUUCAUUGUGAAGCCAGUGGUGGCGUGCGGCACUCCCGACUCGCACGCCAUGGCUCUGGCACUGUGGCCGCAGGCGUUGGGGGGGCUGGCGGGGCGCGUGCCGCUGCCGGCGGUGGUGCAAGAGUUCGUGAACCACGACGCAACCAUCUACAAGGUCUACGUCGCGGGCAACAAGGUGUUUCACACGGUGCGCCCCUCCAUUCCCAACGUGCCGCACACGCGCCCUGCCGCGGAGGCGCUGGUAGCCAGUGGUGUGCUCACCUUCGACAGCCUCAAGUCGCUCCCCACCAAGCUCCCGUCUGACGCCAGCCCAGCUGCUAGCGCCGCAUCCGCCGCAGUCCCGGCUGCUGCCGCUGCUGCUGCUCCUGCUGCCACCUCCUUCACGCCCAGCCAGGAGGUGUUAGAGCUGCUGGCGGCGCACCUACGAGCCGCACUGGGGCUGUCGCUGUUUGGCUUUGAUGUGGUGGUCAGGACAGUGGAGGAGGACGAGGAGCAGAAGGAGGCUACGGAGCCGCACGCAGCAAAGCCGCGGGAGCUGGUGGUUGUGGACGUCAACUACUUCCCCAGCUACCGCGGAGCCAAGGGCGCCCCGGCGCUGUUUCGGACGGCGGUGCUGGGCGCGCACCGGGCGCAGGUGCCCGGAUGAGAGCCACUGGUGGAGCUUACUUUGGUGAGGGGUUGUGAUGCAUGAAAGCGUGUGAGCUUGGAGGCUGGAACCCGGAUGGGAUAUGCCGGUUUGCGUGCUGCUCAAAUGCUUCCUGGACUCCAGGCUGGCGUGUUUUGCGGUCUGCGCUAGCUGUGCUUCCUUGCCGACGCAUGAGCGACGGAUCACACAAAUUCUGUCUGCGACGUUUUAAGAGGGAACAAUCUGACUGUGCCAGAGUGUGAACUUGGAUUCAUGAACUUACCAACCCAAUCGUUGCUACAAACUGAAAGGCUAGCUACUCCGCGCACGGUGGGCCGAAUCUAUUCGGAAAUCCCGGAUAGACUCGUAACUAUGGAUAACGUUUUGCAGCGCAACGGUAAGCUGUGUUGCGACUGCAUAUCGUGGGUAUAGGGGUUGGGGGUUCUGGGUUGUUCCUAUGUGCU